AUGAUGACAAGGAAUAAGAAUAAAAGGGGGAUUGGGUCUAGUUCAGUACAUAGGGGGAUCAAUUCGUCAUAUCUCCAGGGUGAGAAGGCAGCGCCCGAGCUUCGUGAAAGGUUUGCGGAUCGAUUGCUAUCAGCCUUCACCAAGAAGGAGCUCAGCAUCGAUAACUGGGACCCGCUCUCCGAACACUCCCAGGACCUGAAGCUGAUCCUAGGCCCUGGCGCAAAAAGGCCUGUUCACAUCAUCCUGACAGAGAUGACCCCGCGCGAGGCAGCCACGUUUGCCGCAGGAGAGUUCGCCUCCAUCGCACUGCAAGCUCAAUCGCACUAG